AUGGAAAUCAAGAUUUUCGUCCUAACAGACAGCAAUAAGCAGCACAACGUGAACUUCACUAUCGAUGAGAUCCGUGCUCUUAUGGAUCGCAAAAAAAAUAUUCGCAACAUGUCCGUUAUCGCCCACGUCGACCAUGGAAAAUCCACCCUCACUGACUCACUAGUCUCAAAAGCUGGUAUCAUUGCCGGAGCCAAAGCUGGAGAGACUCGCUUUACUGACACCCGAAAAGACGAGCAGGAGCGAUGUAUCACCAUCAAGUCCACCGCUAUUUCUAUGUUCUUCGAACUCGAUGAGAAAGAUCUGAACUUCAUCAAGGGCGAUAAUCAAGUUGAGCUCAACGAGAUUGACGGAAAGAAGCAAAAAUUCAACGGUUUCCUUAUCAACUUGAUCGAUUCUCCUGGUCACGUUGACUUCUCUUCCGAAGUAACUGCAGCUCUUCGUGUUACCGAUGGAGCGUUGGUUGUGGUCGAUUGCGUUUCCGGAGUGUGUGUCCAAACCGAAACCGUACUUCGUCAGGCAAUUGCAGAGCGUAUCAAGCCCAUUCUGUUCAUGAACAAGAUGGAUCGUGCUCUUCUUGAAUUACAAUUAGGAGCUGAAGAAUUAUUCCAGACCUUCCAACGUAUCGUAGAAAACAUCAACGUUAUCAUUGCCACCUACGGUGACGACGAUGGACCGAUGGGAGCAAUCAUGGUCGACCCAUCUGUAGGAAACGUUGGGUUCGGUUCUGGUCUUCACGGAUGGGCGUUCACUCUCAAACAGUUUGCUGAGAUGUACGCUGACAAGUUCGGAGUCCAGGUCGACAAAUUGAUGAAGAACCUGUGGGGUGAUCGAUUCUUCGACCUGAAGACAAAGAAGUGGAGCUCUAGUCAAACCGAAGGUUCAAGACGAGGUUUCUGCCAGUUUGUGUUGGAUCCUAUCUUCAAGGUGUUCGAUGCUAUCAUGAACGUGAAGAAGGACCAGGUCGACGAUCUUGUUGUUAAGCUUGGCAUCAAGCUCGCUCACGAUGAGAAGGAUCUUGAGGGCAAACCUCUUAUGAAGGUGUUCAUGAGGAAGUGGCUGCCAGCCGGAGACACUAUGCUUCAAAUGAUUUGUAUCCAUCUACCCUCUCCGGUAACAGCUCAAAGGUAUAGAAUGGAAAUGCUGUACGAGGGACCUCACGAUGACGAGGCUGCUGUUGCAAUCAAGAACUGCGACCCCAACGGACCUCUCAUGAUGUACGUGUCGAAGAUGGUACCGACUUCCGACAAGGGACGUUUCUACGCUUUCGGACGAGUUUUCUCCGGAAAAGUGGCCACUGGUAUGAAGGCCCGCAUUCAAGGACCCAACUAUGUGCCCGGAAAGAAAGAAGACCUGUACGAGAAGACUAUUCAACGAACAAUCCUUAUGAUGGGUCGCUACAUCGAGCCCAUCGAGGAUAUCCCGUCUGGAAAUAUCGCUGGUCUUGUUGGCGUUGACCAAUACCUCGUUAAAGGUGGAACCAUCACUACUUACAAGGAUGCGCACAACAUGCGUGUGAUGAAAUUCUCUGUCUCACCAGUCGUCCGCGUUGCUGUCGAAGCUAAGAACCCCGCUGACUUGCCCAAAUUGGUAGAAGGAUUGAAGCGUCUGGCCAAGUCCGAUCCUAUGGUGCAGUGCAUCUUUGAGGAGUCUGGAGAGCAUAUCAUCGCGGGAGCUGGUGAACUUCAUCUGGAGAUCUGUUUGAAAGAUCUUGAAGAGGACCACGCCUGUAUUCCCCUGAAGAAGUCCGAUCCUGUUGUGUCUUAUCGUGAGACCGUUUCAGAAGAAUCCAAUCAGGUCUGCUUGUCCAAAUCACCCAACAAGCACAACCGUCUUCAUGCCACCGCCAAACCUAUGCCCGAUGGUCUAGCCGACGAUAUCGAGAACGGAACUGUAAACGCUCGUGAUGAGUUCAAGGCUCGUGCCAAGAUCCUGGCUGAGAAGUACGACUACGACGUUACUGAAGCUCGUAAGAUCUGGUGCUUCGGCCCUGAUGGAACUGGUCCUAACAUUCUUGUUGAUAUCACCAAGGGAGUGCAGUACUUGAACGAAAUCAAGGACUCAGUCGUCGCAGGUUUCCAAUGGGCUACCAGAGAAGGAGUGUUGUGCGACGAACACAUGCGUGGAAUCCGCUUCGAUAUCCACGAUGUGACACUCCAUGCUGAUGCAAUCCACAGAGGUGGUGGUCAAAUCAUUCCAACUGCUCGUCGUGUCAUCUACGCCUCAGUUCUCACUGCCGCUCCUCGUCUUUUGGAACCGGUGUAUCUUGUUGAAAUUCAAUGCCCUGAAGUCGCCGUUGGUGGUAUUUACGGUGUGCUCAACCGUAGAAGAGGACACGUCUUUGAAGAAUCCCAAGUUGCUGGAACUCCCAUGUUCGUCGUCAAGGCUUAUCUUCCUGUCAACGAGUCCUUCGGUUUCACUGCCGAUCUUCGCUCGAAUACCGGUGGACAGGCCUUCCCUCAAUGCGUAUUCGAUCACUGGCAAGUUCUUCCUGGUGACCCACUCGAAGCUGGAACUAAGCCGAACCAAGUCGUUGUUGAGACCAGGAAACGUAAAGGACUCAAGGAGGGCGUGCCUGCUCUUGACAACUACCUUGACAAACUGUAA